CUGACAUGAUAUAGGCUAACAGACCAUAUUUUCACCAUAAGAAGAGUCAUUGUUUCACAUAAAUCCAUGUUGCUGGAUUGCAGAACCAACAACAUUUGCAGUAUUUCUGAUUCUACCCUCCACCCACAUUUAAGAGGGAGGUCUCUUAAAAUUAUGGGUGGUUAAGGACUUCCAAGGAGGGACAUUUCUUUAGAAAACAUUCAACUCUCAAGAGUUCCUAUCUUUGUCAGCUUUACUACAGAACAGCACACAGACUGUCGUCAGGGAGGUUUUUAAAGGACAGACAACUCUCAGCUUCAUCAGUGUAUCAUACCACAAAAACCUCAGAGAAGUAUGGAAAAAGACAGAAGGUUGAUGAUAUACUGUCUGCUUUUGGCAGCUAUAAGCAUCCCUGUGUUUACUGGAGAAUGGAAAGCCAAUGUUGUAAAAGAGCUCAAGGCACUGGUCACAUCCUGUGUUGUUGUUCCCUGUUCAUUCACCCAUCCUGGACCAAACCUGCCUACCUCCAAACUCAGGGGGAUCUGGCAUCAGUCCAAUCAUCGAGGCAAUCUCAUUUACGACGAGGAUGAAACAAGUAUCUCGGAAAACUUCAGGGGACGGACAAAGUUGUUGGGACAUCUGGGUCAGAAAAACUGCACCUUAGAAAUUUCUGAGAUCAAAGAUCACGACAACGGCCCUUUUUGUUUCCGAAUCGAAUUAGCACAAACUUCCUCUCCUGAAAGGUUCUCCUUUCUGGAGGACUGUGUUGAGUUCAAAAUGCUCCCUGAUCCCCCGAAACCUGAACUACAUCACCUAAAGACGGCCUAUCAAGGACGUCCCUACACUGUCACCUGUUCCGUCAAACACACCUGCCCCUACGACCCACCUAAACUCACAUGGAGCAGGGCCACUGCAGAUGUGCCGAAUGUUGUCCACAAAGAAACACAUUUGGGCAACUGGGAGGUUGAGUCCAUCCUGACCAUCCUUCCUGAGGAGAAGGACGACCACACUGAUAUCACCUGCACCGCCAACUUCAACGGACCGAAGACGUCCUCUGCAACGUUGACACUCUAUGUAAAACGUUCAAAAAACUAUAACCACAUCAUCAUUCCCACAGUGGUGGCGAUUGGAACCGCUGUGAUCUUUGCAGUCUUCUGCGUUUUUAUGGUGAAGAGAUACAAGAGACAAAUUGCAGCGCUCCAAAGAGGGGAUGGAAGCGUGUGGAAUCGGCUGUCCAGGAUGUCUCGCAGGAUUCGUUCUGAUGGCCCAGGACCAUCUCGUUCUGAUCAAAGAAGGUCUAUGUUGAGCAGAUAUUUGAGAAGGCCUAAAGCAGACACAGUGGAUAUGAGUCAUAUUCCAAAAAAUGUGAAUUCCAAAUCCUGUGAUGACCAGAAAGUCUCCAAACCUCGUUUCCCGUCCCCCAAAAGCCAGCCAAAAUCCUACAAUCACCAAGAGGAGGACUUUGAUGGUGGUGACGUUUACGAGAACAGUGCGGACCUCAGCAUCUAUGGAAACAUCUGAAACAAGCACGGAGAAAAACAAAUCACUCCCAUAGUGAUCAUUCGUAUUAAGAGCAUCUGAUGACCACAGUCAUAUUAUACAUGAUUAUUGUGGCAUCCUCUUCUAUCCGGCAAAAUGUAUAGAAUUCUGUUUGCUAAUUCGAUCAUUAUAAUAGGAUAAAAAUAAAAUGCAUUUUGAAUAUCGUUGAUCUUUUCUGGGCAAAAAGUUGUCAAACAAUUGUUUUAGAUCAUUUAAAUACAUCAUGCACUUUCAUUCACUCAAAUAUGCCUGCUGUAUUUGACAUGAGAAGAAAUGGGAAAUUCUAAGGAUUUAUAAGGGUGAAAGUCAUACAUAGGAAAAAUCAUAACUUAAAAAGAAAAAACAAGUUAAAUACAGGCAAAAUGCUUAUAUAUACCUAUAUACUGUAUAUAGAGUUGGUCAAUAUAUAUAACAGUUUGUUCUCCUUUUGGUUAGGAAAUUGUACCCUCCGCCCACUUUUAAGGGGGAGGUUUCUUGAAAUGAUCAGUGGUUAGGGACUUUAAAAGGUGGCUAGACUCUUUAUUAACAUUCAACUCUGGAGGUAAGUCCUUCUGAUCUUUAAGAAAUUGUAUAAGAUGCUUUCCUUUGCUGCAUUUUACAAUUUAGAUCAGUAUUAUAUCUUACUCAAAAGUACUAAGUUUCUAAAUAAUGUAUGAGAAAACCUUGAUAUAUCUUUUGUAAUAAUUUGUAUGGCUUCUUCAAAAUGUAUUUUCUGGCUGAAAUUAGGAGCGACUUUGAUUUAUGUUUGACAUUAUUUAAGUAGAGGGUACAGCUUGUUAAAAUGUCUGUUUACAAUUUACAAUUUUGUCUCAUUAGUACAUUGUGAUUCCUGUGGGGGGAACGUAUUUUUUUUCUAAACACCAAAAAGCAUUUCAUUAGGGAUAAUUUUGCUUUGGAACCUGGUUUCGAGAAUAUUAUUCUCUGAAGAAAGACUAUCUUGUUGAGCGUUGUAAUACUGCUGCAUGUUAACAAGCUGGCCUACAUAUAGAACAAUAAAAACCUUUACUGAAUAAGAGAAGUUAUUACCUCAGUAUAUUAAAAUAUUUACUUCUUGCUUAGAAACAACAUGAUGUGAUUUGUUUUUUUUGUUGCGUUUGAUAUUAUUUAACUAUGGCAAACCAUGUAUCUCAUUGAGUAAUAAGAAUGGAUUAAUAUUUUGUCUCCAAGUUUCUUUUUCAGUGUAUAUUAUUAUGUUUUCUUUGUUUAAUAUUAAAAAUGAAUCCAUAAACAGCUGACAGAGAUAGGAGAGAUUUUUUCAGUAAAUGCACAUGAUGGAUCAGAGAGACACUGGUAUUAUGUUACCAUUCAAUUAAUUACAUUACAUGACACUUGAACAGACACCCAGGCUUUAACAUGCAGGUUUUGUUGUUGUUGUUUUUGUCUAUCCAAAAUCCUGUUCUGUUGAAAAGCCUUAAGGUUGGCAGAGAAAAUGGGCGAGGCCCUUAAAAGAUCCUCACGCAUCACCGGAGAUUCACCAUCUUGAAUUUUCUUGAGCUUGAAACAUAUAAUACAGGAAAUUGUGCUUCGCGUCUACUGCCUCUAUUUCGAUGAGGUUUUUGAGAACUAUGAUUCCCAUCUAAGUUCUUCAACUUUAUGGAAAUGAAAUGCUAAAUUGCUUAAGAAUCGCUUUUACAUUUGAGCCUGGGCAGUGGCGGCCGGUCCAUAGGGGCGCUAGGGGCGCCGCCCCACC